GGCCUCCCUUAGGCUCACAAACAGCCUGCCAGACUGCUCUGGGGAGGCAGCCCACAGGCUCUUCCUCAGGCCUCUAGCUGGGUGCUGCUCCCCACUUCGCCAGAGGGAAAGUGCUCUUGGGAGAGCUUGACAGGUGCAAAACCUCAGCCAUGCUGGCUUUCCUGCUCUGUAGCCUGCUUCUGGCGGCCCGUGGCUCUGUCACUGGGCCUGUGUCGGAUCAGGAUUCCAGCUUCGACUUAGCAGAGACCGCGCCUGACCUGGCUGAGAAGAUAACAGAAACUCAUGCCAAAGUGCUGGAGAUCUGGAUGGAGAUGGGACAACGGCGGCGGGAGGCAAAUGCCUCGGAGAAGUACGCAAUCUGCCAGGUACAACCCUCAGCCUCGCUGGCAAUGGAUCAGCCACGGGUCACCGGCCUGGUCCUCUUCAGGCAGCUGUCGCCAGGCUCCAGGCUCGAGGCCUUCUUCGAUCUGGAGGGCUUCCCUGCCGAGCCGAAUGUCUCCAGCCGCGCCAUCCACGUGCAUCAGUACGGGGACCUGAGCCAGGGCUGCGAGUCCACAGGUCCUCACUACAACCCGAUGUCCGUGCCGCACCCGCAGCACCCGGGCGACUUCGGCAACUUCGUGGUGCGAGAUGGCCGCCUCUGGAAGCUCCGCAACGGCCUGACCGCGUCGCUGGCCGGCCCGCACUCGAUCCUGGGCCGCGCGGUGGUGGUCCACGCCGGCGAGGAUGACAUGGGCCAGGGCGGUAAUCAGGCCAGCUUGGCGAACGGCAACGCUGGUCGCCGGCUCGCCUGCUGUGUGGUGGGCGCCAGCAACUAUGAGGCCUGGAACCGGCAGGCACAAGAGCGCAAGAAGCGGCGGAGGGAGAGCGAGUGCAAAGCUGCCUAAGUGUCACUCCUGGCCUCAGAGCCCAGCCAUGUCUCGCAGAGAUGCCUCCGCACGCUCCCCCACCCCGGGUCGCCUCCACGCAUCCCAGACAGAUGUCUUCCAGACAACCCAGUAGCUUCUGCGAGUCCUACACGCUUCCACUAACCCCUGACACAUCUGUAUGGCUCCAGAUGCCUUCAAGACCACUCCCCCACCACACCCUAUCAUCUCCGUGUUCCCCAGAUGUCCCCCAGACACCUUUCCUCUGUGUUCCAGGACACCUCACACCCAGGAGUCCUUUCAUGCCCUAGGCACUUCCACAGAGGAGAGCUCCUUCGUGCCCCAGAUACCUCCAUAUGAUGGAGGUUCCCCUCCAUGCUGGAUAGGCUACCUUAAGGACCCCUCUGUGUCCGGACAAUCACACAUGCCCGCCCCUACAAUCCCAUUUGAAACAGUCUUUGAGGCUGUUUGCUCCCAGAGAAUCUCCCCUACCCCCGCCAAGAUGGAACUUGCUCACACACUCUCGGCAAUGAGGACCUCCCAGUCAGCACCUUUGAGAACACCCCCCAGGUCUACCGAAAUACCCCCACCCCACUUCUUCUUGACGUUCUUUUCUUUCCUAUCCCCUAACACAAGAGACUCCUUUCUUCCAUAGGGGCCUCUUCUUUCUUUUUCUCUUGUUCCUCCUAGGUGCUGAGAACACCGUGUCUCACGCACACCUAGGGUUCCAUGUCUCAGUUCACUUCCUGCGGUGGCCCCGGUUGUUUUCAGCUAUUUCCCAUAUGGUGCCUGCACCCGGCUGAGAGCAGCUCCUGCUAGGGUAUUUGGCAACCUUUGUAUUGCACAUUAAAAAACACAGCAAUUCAGU